CCGAGCGUCCGUCCGUGCGCCGCCGGCCGCGGUGGUGGUGGAAGUGGUUGCUGGAUUCCUCGUCCCUCAGCCCGUCCGCGCCUCCGAGGCAGUUUUAGUUUUGAGAGUGCCGUUCCUGCGCGACUGUGCCGCUAGUUUUUGGAUUUUCUUGCCACACUGACGCUGUAGAAGUAACAGCGUGAGGAAGGCGGCCUAGUUUUAGGGGGUGAACUGCCACCACCAGCCACAUCCACCAGGAAGGCGGUAGUGGUGCCGACCUGCCAGGAUGGGGGUGGCCGACGACUUCGCGCCGAGCUUCACGCAGAAGCCUCAGCUGCGGCAAGAGGAUGAGGGCAACCGGCUGGUGUUCGAGUGUCAGCUGCUGGCCUCGCCCAAGCCUGACAUUGACUGGUACCGGGGCGAAACUCACCUGGUCGAGGACGGACGCACCUUCAUGCGCAUCCAGCCCGUUGGAGCUAACAAGUUCCUCGUGGUGCUCGAGCUGGAUGACGUCAUCGAGUCGGACGCCGGCCUCUACAAGGUCAAGGCCAAGAACAAGAUGGGCGAGGUUGCAGCGUCCAUCAACCUUAACUUCAGUCCUGCUGAAGCAGCGCGUAAAAAACGGCAAAUCGACGGAAUCGCUCCCACGUUCGCCAAGAAACCGGCCAUCCGUCAGGAGGAAGAUGGAAAACGACUCUUAUUCGAAUGCCGAAUUCAAGCCGACCCGAAACCAACUGUCACGUGGUACCAUGGCGGAGAAUUGGUGCAGGACUCCGCCAGGCACCGGAUCACAGUUGUGAAGGACGGCAAUUCUUACAACUCAGCGCUGGAGAUCAAGAAUGUCACUGUGGAGGACGCUGGAAAGUACAAGGUGACAGCCAAGAACGAGCUGGGCGAGAGCAACGCCACGAUCAGCCUCAAUUUCGACAGCGAUGCGGCGCCUCUGCCUGCGGACGGAAUCAAGCCCACCUUCACCGAACGACCCGUCAUCAGGCAGUCGGAAGACGGAAAUAAAAUUAUCUUUGAGUGCCGACUCGUCGGCGACCCACAGCCCACCGUAUCCUGGUUCCACGGAUCGAAGGCGUUGAAAGAUGGAGGUCGUUUCAAAUUCUCAUUGGAGCCAGACCAGAAGCUGUAUUUUAUGACGAAGCUCGAGAUCUCCGACGUCGAAAACAGCGACGGCGGAGAAUACAAGGCUGUGGCAAAGAACAAGCACGGCGAGGGCACCGCGACCAUCAACCUUAAUUUCGAGGGAGGAGACAAGCCCAAGAUCCCCGAUGGAAAAGCGCCGCGGUUCCCGAAAAAGCCGACCAUCCGUCAGGACGGCGACAACCUGGUGAUGGAGUGCAUGCUCGAGGCGAACCCCAUACCCGACAUCACCUGGUACCAGGGUACCAAAACCAUCUCGAGCAACUCUCGCGUGCGCAUGUCCAGCAAGCAGUUGACCAAAGACACGUACCUGCUCACGCUGGAAAUCACAAAUCCAACCAUCGAUGACGGCGGCAACUACCGGUGUAACGCGUUCAAUAAUUUUGGAGAGAGCAAUGCCAACAUUGCGCUAAACUUCCAAGGCGGAGACGACGGCGGUCAAGCGCCGUCCUUCGUCGAAAAGCCCAAAAUCAUUCCAAACGCCGACGGCACGCUCAUUACCAUGAAGUGCAAGUGCCGCGCCAAGCCCAAGCCCUCGGUGCAGUGGUUCCGCGGCACUUCCUCCGUUUCCGAGUCGAGCAGAAUCAAAAUCAAGUGCGUCGACCUGGGCGACGACACCUACGAACUGUCCAUGGAAAUCAAGGACCCAUCAGGAGCGGACGGUGGCACCUACAGGUGCCACGUGAAGAACGAAUACGGCGAGAGCAACGCCAACCUUAACCUCAACAUCGAAUCCGAGCCUGAGUUGGAGGGCUCAGGUCCCACGUUUGUGGAGAAGCCGCGAAUCACGUCGGAGAGAAACGGCAAGCUGGUCAUUAUGGACUUUAAGAUCAAGGCCGACCCCAAGCCCUCGGUUACCUGGUACAGAGAUGGCACCGUCAUCAAGGAGUCUAGCAAGAUCAAAAUGACCAUCACGCAAACCAACGAUAUCUACUACGUUAGGCUAGAACUCACUGAUCCUGGACCAGAAGAUGGCGGCUUGUUCAAGUGCAAUAUUAAAAACACCCUUGGGGAGCUCAACGCCAACCUGACGCUCAAUAUCGAAAUCGUGCCUGUGAUCAGAGAGAGACCCAGGGUGAUCAAGAUCGUUAAAAGGAGGACCGUGGUGGUCGAGUGCCAUGUGCAGUCGCAGUACGAGCCUCAGUGCACUUGGUUUAAGGAAACAACGGCUGUGAAACAAGACUCUAGGCACUUUGUUCGCGUGGAGAAGGUUAAGGAGGGUGAAUUCGCGAUCAAGUUGGAGAUCGAGUCCUGCCAGAAGACCGACAAGGGCACUUACAAGUUGGUUGCGAAGAACGAGAAGGGUGAAGCUACCUCUCAAGCUGUGGAGGUGGUCGACAUCCCAGAGGAGGAGGAGGAGAAGAAGGAGGAAAAGAAGGAGGAGAAAAAGGAGGAAAAGAAGGAGGAAAAGAAAGAAGAAAAGAAGGAGGAAAAGAAGGUUGAGGAGAAGAAGGUCGAAGAGAAAAAGGUUGAGGAGAAGAAGGCCGAAGUGAAAAAGGUGGAGGAAAAGAAGGCCGAAGUGAAAAAGGUCGAGGAAAAGAAGGUGGAGAAGAAGGAAGAGAAAAAAGUGGAAAAGAAGGAGGAGAAGAUUGUCGUUGUCCAAGAAACAAAAAUGGAACAAAAAGUUGAAUCCAUUCAAAAGAAGGUGGAGGUCAAGGUUGAGGAGAAGAAGGUGGAGGUCAAGACCGCGGCGAAGGUCGAGGCUAAGAAGGAGGAGACGAAAGUGGAGGUCAACAACGUGGCCAAAAAGGCCGAAGUUAAAGUUGAAAAGAAAGAGGAGGCCAAGGUGGAGGUCAACAAUGUUCAGAAGAAAGCGGAAGUCAAGGUUGAAAAGAAGGAGGAAACCAAAGAUGCGGUCAGCGUGGAGAAAAAAGCAGAAGUCAAAGUUGAAAAGAAAGAGGAGGCGAAGAAAGUUGAGCAGAAGGUCGAGGCCAAGAAGGUGGAAAAGAAGGAGGAGGCUAAGGUAGAGGCGAAGAAGGUCGAAUUGAAAAAGACCGAACAAAAGAUAAUCGAAAUUAAAACACAAACCCAACUAAAGCCAACCAGGAGGAAGAGACCUGAAGUGAAGGUUCCUGAGAUCAGGACCGAGACCAUGAAGGUCGCCGAAAUGUACAACUUAAAACCAAUCCCUAAAAAGGCUAAACCCGUGGCCGAGAGAAAGAAAGCGGAAGAGAAAGCAGAGCUGACCAACGGAAAGGCCUCUCCGCCCAAGACCAAGGAAGCGCCAAAGGACUCCGGUGGCGGAUCUAAAAAACUACCUCCAAUCACAGAAAAACCGAAGCCAGUAUCGCCAUUUGAUGUAAUCCUCAAGCCGGUGAAGAGAGAGCCGAAAGCGCCUCCACCCAAGACGGAGCUCCCUGAAUUAGAAGGACUCAAACCGUUUGAGCAAAUUCCCAUAAUAAAGGUCGAGGAGAAAAAGAUCGAGCCACCGAAAAAAGUGGAACCUGCCGCUUCGCCAAAGGAUCUUCCCAGGACGAAGUUGGAGGAAAUGAGGCCAAUCGAAAAGCAAAUUAUCGAAGAAUACUCUGAAGAGGAGGAAGAAUCCGAGGAAGAGGUUUCCAUCGUUGAAACAGUCAAGGAGGUAAAAAAAGAAGAGCAGCCGAAACAGUCUCCGUUCCAGAUCCCUAUCAUAAAAGAAGAAAAGGUGGAAGAAACAGCGAGCACCGGCCUCGCUGCCCUUCCCCCUCCCAAAGUCGAUCUGUCAAAAUUUAAAAAAGUAUACGAGGAAGAGGAGGAAUCCGAAGAGUCCGAGCCGGAAGAACCGUCUGGACCCGGCUUGUCCAACCUUCCGCCGCCGAAAAUCAACUUUAAAUUCAACAGGUUCGACGAAGAAGAGAAAGAGGAGGAAUCCGAGGAGGAGGAGGAGGAAGAGCCGGCAGGUCCCGGCCUGCAGGGACUGCCACCUCCGAAAAUCAACCUUAAAUUCAACAGAUUCGACGAUGAUGAGGAGGAGGAACCUGCCGGGCCCGGCUUGCUGGGGCUGCCACCCCCGAAAAUCAGUCUGCCGAAACGAAUUGACGAAGAGGAAGAAGAGGAGGAGCCCAAAGGACCGGGGCUCUCUGGUCUGCCGCCUCCCAAGAUCAAUUUCAAGUUCAACAAGUACGAUGACGACGACGAAGAGGAAGAAGAAAGCACGGGCACCGGCUUGGCCGCGUUGCCACCACCCAAAGUUGUUUUCAAGAAAAGGUAUGACUCAGACGAGUACAGCGAAGAAGAAGACGAUUUUUAUUACGACGAGCAGCCGAAGAAAGUGCCAGGCAUCGAGGUGAGCCGCGAAAAGACGCCGGACGUGGGCCGCAAGGGUUCUUUGGCUCCCGGCUCGGGAAGCAACAGCCGCCGAGGCUCGCUUAUUCCGCCCGAGGACCAGCCGAGGCGUCCCAGCUUGCUCAUCGGCGAUGAGGAAAAUAGGAAGUUGCGUCCAGGAGAGGUUGUGGAAGAGCGAAAGGCUGGGAAUAAAUUGCGGCCCGGUGAGGUAUUUGAUGCGAAGAAUCAGAAAAAAGGGGUCCGUCCCGGUGAAUUGGAGGAAGCCAUGUCCAAGCAGAGGCGACGCCCAAGCACGGAUGCGCGGCGCCCGAGCGCGGCGGAUGCCGGCGAGAUGAUCGACAAGCCGUCGACGCCGCUCAAGCCCGUCGGCGCGCCCGGACCACCGGCCAUCGUCGACGUCCAGGAGAGCUACUCGGCCACAGAAGACCAAGUCGGAUACAUCACGGUCCAGGUCGAGGGCAACCCUGCGCCAACCUUCAAAUGGUUCAAGGGUAUGACCGAGAUCCAGGAUGAGGGUCGCUACAAGUUUGUCACUGACGGCGAAACCAACUCGAUCACCCUGUGCAUCCGCAAGGUCAAGCCGAACGACGAGGGCACCUACAAAAUUGUCGUCUCGAACAUCCACGGAGAGGAUUCGGCUGAAAUGAUGCUCUACGUUUCUGACGCUAGCGGCAUGGACUUCCGUGCCAUGCUGCGCAAACGCAAGUACGCCAAGUGGAAGAACGAAGAGCAGAAGGAGGAGGUCGACCUGAAGGCAGUCGAGCCGCCAAAGCCCGCGCUUAAGAAGGUCGAAAGACCAGAGGAGAAAAAUGGCGAAUUAGAAACGGGAUUCUUCGACGAUCCUGAAACUGGAAUGGUAAUUGUGAAAGUGGACGGCAAGGAACUGUGUAAGGUCGCAGCCGGCCAGAAAGCGAACGCCAUGAACUGGCAGUGGCUGAAGGAUGUUUUCGGCAAAACGAGGCGAAAGUCGAUCGAAGAAACGAUUGAUUGGCCGAAACUGACCGUACUGGACCGAGAACAGCUCAAGAAACAAGAAUCGUUCAUGAAGCCUCUGCUCGAUCUGCAUGCCAAGGAAGGAAAGGACAAAAAGGUCAUGUUCGAGGCCAUCUUCUCGAGGCCCAACUGCAAGCCCAAAUGGUUCCUCAGGAAGGAUGAACUGUUCCCUGGCAGCAAAUACAAAUUUAAGAACGAAAAUGACACGUACCAACUGGUCAUUUUCACGCCCAAAGUGGAGGACACUGGAAAGUACACGAUUGAAAUUGCUGGCGUUAGCUGCACUGCCUAUCUGACAGUGGAGGAGGCCGACCCGGUGUACGCCUUCCUGAAGCCUCUCGCAAAGAAGAGCAACGGCUACAUCGGACACGAGGUUACGCUCGAGUGCACGGUCAGCAACAGCAUGGCCGCGGUCAGCUGGUGGCAGGGCGACAAGAAGAUCGAGGACGGCGACCGCUUCAGCAUCUCAAAGGAUCUAAGCGGUGUUUGCCGCCUCGUGAUCAAGAGCGCUCUCGCUUCGGAUGGAGGCCAAAUCACCUGCCGCAUCGAAAAGCAGGAGGACAAGACCACCACGGCACUCAGUGUUGUGGAGUACCCAUACAAGUUCACCAAGGUGCUGAAGAGCCAGACGUGCACCGAAAAGGACACCAUCACUUUACUUUGCGAGUUGGAUGAUGCUGGUGGCGAGGUCAAGUGGUUCAAAAACGGCGAGGAGAUCAAGGCCGACAAAAGAAUCACCAUUUCCAAGGACGGCCGCAAGAGAAAGUUGGUCAUCAAGGACGCCAAGAUUACCGAUGCUGGAAUGUUCAAGUGCGAGUCCAAUGCCGACCAGACCGAGGGCGAAAUUGUUGUUGAUUACCAAAACCGAUUCAACAAAAAGCUCAAGGACACGGUGGUCAUCGAGCGCGAAAAGCUGGUGCUUGAAGUUGAGCUGCAGGACCAGACUGCCACCGCCGAAUGGUUCUUCAAUGGAGAACCCAUUGUCCCCGAUGGCGAGAGGGUCGAGAUCAAGAAUUUGGGUGGCGGAAAGCACCAACUCAUUUUCAACCGCGCUGAGAUGACCGACGAAGGUGAAGUCAAGUGCGAGUCUGGAAAGAUGAGCUCGAGCUGCAAGGUCACCGUCAAGAAGGGAGAGUCGAAGCCGAUCAUCAAAUCAGCAGGUGAUGUUGAAGGCCCCUGUAGCAAACCUAUCCUCUUUGAAGUGCCGUACACAGUUGAAGGUACUAGGCAGUCGCAAGUAGAGGCGAAGCUGAUCAAAGAUGGAAAGGCGCUGCCUCUCAAGGAGGUUGAGAUUGUGGUGCAGGACGAAAAGGUCACAAUUAAGUUCAAGAAGCCGGUCCGAAAUCUUUCCGGGCCGUAUAAAAUCAAAUUGUCCAACGCGUUCGGCGAUGAUACUCGAGAUAUUAAAAUAAACAUGCAAGAUGCUCCUGGAUCUCCGCAAGAUAUCGACGUCACUGACGUCUUCCAGACCUCUUGCGUGGUGCAUUGGAAAGCACCCAAGGACGACGGUGGCUCUCCACUUUUGCACUACGUCCUGGAAAGACAGGAUUUGAGUGUGAAAGGCGGAUGGUCAUCUGUCGCGGAAAUUCCUUCAGGCCAACCUACAACUUUCAAGUGCGAAGACUUGUCUCCUAAAAAAGAAUAUAAAUUUAGGGUCAAGGCUGUCAACAAAAUGGGCGCAUCUGAGCCAACGACUUUCAACAAAACAGUACUUGCGAAGGAUCCUUGGGACGAACCAAGCAAACCUAACAACGUUGAGGUUGUCGAUUGGGGCAAGGAUCACGCCGACCUCAAAUGGACACGGCCAGAAGCAGACGGCGGUGCUCCGAUCACUGGCUAUGUCAUUGAGUUCAAAGAAAAGUUUGCGAAGGAUUGGUCUCCCGGAAAAGAAGUCGGGGAUGUUUUGGCAGCAACUAUUGACGGCUUGAAAGAGGGCUGUCAGUAUGAGUUCAGGGUUAGGGCCAUUAACAAAGCUGGCCCUGGUGCGCCGAGUGACGCAACAAAGCCCAUUAUUGCGAAGGAAAGAUUCGUCAAGCCAUUUAUUAUUGGCAAUGACCUGAUCAAUAUUGUGGUCAAGAAAGGACAAGUUAUUGCUUAUGACAUCAAAUUUGGCGGUGAACCAGAGCCAGAGGUUGUCUGGAAGAGGGAAACAACCGAGCUUAAGGAAGAUCCUCCACCAGACCAGAGGAUCACAAUUGACAAGUACGAGCGUAACACCGUGCUAACGGUGCGUAGAACUGUCCGUGGUGACAGUGGCAAGUACCACUUGAUUUUGACCAACACGUCUGGUUCGGUGGACGCAACUGCCGAUGUGGUUGUUUUGGACAAACCAUCCAGGCCAAUUGGCCCUCUCAAAGCUGAAGAGGUGCGAGCCGACCACAUUAAGGUCAAAUGGCAGAGACCUGCAGACAACGGCGGAUCCGACAUCACUGGCUACGUGCUGGAGAAAAUGGAUCUGGAUACCGGUCGCUGGGUUCCAGCCGGUGAGGUUGGUCCUGACAAGGACAGCUUUACUGUGGAUGGAUUGACUCCAAAGAAGAAAUACAAGAUCAGAGUCAAGGCUGUGAACAAAGAGGGUGAAUCCGAACCGUUGGAGACGGAAGAAGCAAUUCUGGCCAAGAAUCCUUAUGAUGAGCCUGGACGUCCUGGUAAACCCGAAAUCUUUGAUUACGACAACCAGAGUGUCAGCCUGCGUUGGAAAAAGCCUGAUUCUGAUGGCGGUCGCCCACUCACUCACUACACAAUCGAGAUGAAAGACAAAUUGUCUGUUGAGUGGGUUCAGGUGGCAAAGACCGACGAUCCUACAUGCGAGGCUAAAGUCGAAGGCCUUAAAGAAAAAAUGGUAUAUCAGUUUAGGGUCAGGGCACAUAACAAAGCCGGUGUCGGCGAGCCUAGCGAUCCAACUGAUAACCAUGUCUGCAAGCACAGGAAUCUGAAACCAAGAAUUGAUCGAUCGACAUUCAAGGCCGUUGUCAUAAAAGCAGGACGAGCCCAUAAGUGGGCUGUUGAUAUUUCGGGCGAACCUCCUCCAACCAUAAAAUGGGUUUGGAGAGACAACAUUCCCCUCACAGACACAGCGAUUACCAAAAUAGAAAACGUUGACUAUCACACAGAUUUCACUAUAAUUAAUACAUCCAGAAAGGAUUCUGGGCGGUACACACUUUUCGCCGAAAACAAAUCAGGAAAAGAUCAGGAAACUGUCGAGUUGACUGUCCUUGACAAACCAUCACGACCAAUGGGACCUUUGGAAGUCACCAACGUCCACAAAGAAGGAUGCACACUCAAGUGGAAAAAGCCGGAAGACGAUGGUGGCUCUCCGAUCCGCGAGUACGAAGUCGAGAAGAUGGAUCUGGAGACUGGAAAAUGGGUGCGCGUUGGCAAGAUUCCUGGCGACAGGCAAAAUCCAGAUAUGAUGGUCUGCGGUCUUGAGCCAGGCCACAAGUAUAAAUUCAGGGUCACCGCUGUCAACGACGAAGGAGAUUCUGAACCUCUUGUUGCUGACCAGGCAAUCACCGCCAAGAAUCCAUUCGAUGAACCAACUAAGCCAGGAACACCUGAGAUCGUGGACUAUGACAAUGAGAGCGUAGAUCUCAAGUGGUCAGCACCUUCCAACGAUGGUGGUGCGAAGAUCGAGAAAUACAUCAUCGAGAAGAAGGACAAGUACAAGCCAGAUUGGGAGAAGGCCAUUGAAGUUCCUGGCGACCAACUGGCCGCAAAGGUGCCUGACUUGAAGGAGAGAGCAGAGUAUCAGUUCAGGAUUGUGGCUGUGAACAAAGCUGGUCCAUCUCCAGCAUCCGAUCCAACUGGCAUGCACAUGGUUAAACACAAGGCUCUGAAACCAAGAAUUGAUCGCACCAACUUGAAGCCAAUUGUCAUUAAGGCUGGCAAGAUGGUUAAAUAUGACGUCAACAUCAAGGGUGAACCUCCUCCAACUGUCAAAUGGGUCGUGAAGGAUACUGAGGUGAAAUCCGAGGGAAAUGUAGAGAUCAUCAAUGUGGACUACAAUACCAAGAUCACAAUAAGCGAUGCUGUCCGCAAAAACACAGGCCUCUACAAAAUCAUUGCUGAAAAUCAGCAUGGCAAAGAUGAAGCAGAGGUGGAAAUCACUGUUUUGUCUGCGCCUGGCAGACCCAAAGGACCUCUUAAAGUCAAUGACGUCACCAAAAACGGAUGCAAGCUCAAAUGGGACAAACCUGAGGAUGAUGGUGGCUUGCCUAUCCAGGCGUAUCAAGUUGAAAAGCUUGACACUGCUACUGGUAGAUGGGUGCCUGUUGGACGAACUGACAAACCAGAAAUGGAGGUUAAGGGUUUGCAAGAAGGAAAGGAGUAUCAUUUCCGUGUGAAAGCCAUCAACGAAGAGGGCGAGAGUGAACCACUUGAUACUGAGAGUGCUACUCUUGCUAAGAAUCCCUUCGAUGUUCCUGGAAUUCCUGGAGUACCUGAGUUCGAGGAUUGGGACUUUGAUCGCGUUGACCUUAAGUGGGAACCUCCAAAGAGCAAUGGAGGUGCUCCAAUCACUGGCUACAUUGUUGAAAAGAAAGAGAAGCUUGGCAGUUCAUGGGAAGAAGUUCUUUCCACUACUGGUCCUGAACCAAAAGGUCGCGUUACUGGGCUGAAGGAAGGAAAUACCUAUCAAUUCAGGGUUCGCGCUGUUAACAAAGCAGGCCCAGGAGAAGCAAGCGAUCCAACUAAGCCUCACAUUGCUAAAGCACGCUAUCUUAAACCAACGAUCAACAGAGAGAAGAUGCAACGAGUUGUAGUUCGUGCUGGACAAGCAGUCAAGUUUGAUGUUGACAUUAAGGGUGAACCUCCUCCAACUACAACCUGGAGCAUUGGUCCAAAGACCCUUGAGACAGGCUUGAACUGCAAAGUUGAGAAUGUUGAUUACAACACAAGACUUACAGUCACCGAAACAACUCGCAAGGAUACUGGAAUUUACACUCUGAAGGCCGUCAAUGACUCUGGAUCAGAUGAAGCCACUGUGGAAGUCUGUGUGCUUGAUAAGCCAGGAAAACCAGAAGGACCUCUGGAAGCACUAGAGGUUCACAAGGAGGGAUGCAAACUGAAGUGGAAGAAGCCCAAAGACGAUGGUGGCCUGCCAAUCACCAACUACAUCGUCGAAAAAAUGGACGUUACAACAGGCAAGUGGGUUCCUGCUGGAAAUGCCGACCCAGAAAAUCCAGAAAUUGAAAUUAAGGGCCUGGAGCCAAUGAAGAAAUAUAACUUCAGAGUUAAGGCUGUCAACGAAGAAGGAGAAUCUGAGCCACUUGAGACAGACACUUCAAUCCUUGCUAAAAAUCCAUUUGAUGUGCCAGCAGUUCCUGGAAUGCCUGAUAUUGUUGACUGGGAUGAAACUAUGGUGAAGCUCAAAUGGGACCCUCCUCUCAGAGAUGGAGGCGCUCCAAUUACUGGCUACGUUAUCGAAUUCAAGGAUAAAAACAGCGGAAAGCCAGAUUUCGUUAAAUGCGCGGAAGUACACGGAAAUGUCUGCGCAGGAACGGUUCCCAAACUUGAAGAGGGCAAUGUUUAUCAGUUCCGUGUCAGAGCUGUCAACAAAGCUGGCCAGAGUGAGCCGAGCGAAGAAACGAAUCCACAUAUUGCUAAGCCAAGGAAUCUGGCGCCAAAGAUUGAUAGGACCAAUCUUGAGGCCAUCUCCAUCAAGGUUGGCCAGCAGGUGUCAUUAGAUGUGAACGUCAUUGGUGAACCACCACCAAAAAUUACUUGGACCUUCAAAGAAAAGGAACUUGUGUCUGACGAGCAAGUUAGAAUUGACAACAUUGACUACAAUACGAAAUUCUUCAUUAUGCGUGCGAGAAGACCGCAGAGCGGAACUUACACGAUUACUGCAACAAAUGCCAACGGAACAGACACUGCUGAGGUCACCAUUACUAUUCUUGGAAAGCCUUCUACACCGAAAGGCCCAUUGGAAGUCGAUGACAUUACAAAGAACGGAUGCAAACUCAAGUGGAAGAAGCCCGAGGAUGAUGGCGGUGUUCCUAUUGAUUUCUAUGAAAUUGAGAAGCUGGAUCCUUUGACAGGACAAUGGCUUCCUUGCGGAACUUCCAAGGAACCAGAAGCAAACAUCACUGGCUUACAAGAAGGAAAGCCAUACAAAUUCAGAGUUCGUGCUGUCAACAAGGAGGGUGAAUCUGAAGAGCUUGAAACUGAGAAGCCCAUCAUUGCAAAGAAUCCAUUCGACGAACCUGGCAAACCAGGAAGGCCUGAGCUCAGGAACUGGGACAAGGACUUCGUUGAUCUUGAAUGGACCGCUCCUAAAAGCGACGGAGGCGCACCGAUUGAGAAAUAUAUCAUUCAAAUGAGAGACAAAGAAGGAAGGAACUGGGUCGAUGCCUGCACUGUUCCUGGCGGUAAAACAGUUGGUCGCGUCACAAACGUGGAAGAAGGACAUGAGUACGAAUUCCGCAUUGUGGCACAAAACAAGGCCGGUCAGAGCGAGCCUAGUGACCCAUCAAAGUCAGUUGUGUGCAAGCCACGCUUCCUCGCACCAAGAAUUGAUCGUAAAAACUUACUUAAGAAAAUAAUUCACUCCGGUGAACUCCUUAUCAUCGAGGCUGAUGUGCAAGGAGAGCCACCAGCAGAAGUUGUUUGGCUUCUCAAGGAUCAACCAUUGAAAAAUGACAGGAUUAAAAUCGAAAACGUGGACUACAAGACCAAGUUUACUCUCACUAAGUCAAAGCGCUCUGAUACAGGAGUUUAUAAAGUCACUGCUAAGAACAGCUCCGGCACUGACCAAGUUGAUGUUGACAUUUGCGUGCUAAGUGCUCCUGGCGCACCAAAGGGACCAUUGAAGGUUUCUGAUGUGACUGCAGAGAGCGUCAAGCUCAACUGGGAGAAGCCAGAAGACGAUGGCGGCGUUCCUCUUGAUCACUAUGUUGUUGAGAGAAUGGACACUGACACAGGCAGAUGGGUUCCUGUUACAACAACCAAAGUUCCAGAGGCUGAAGUUCCUGGAUUGAAUGAAGGAAAGGAGUACAUGUUCAGAGUUAGGGCAGUUAAUGCUGAAGGAGAAUCAGAGCCACUGGACACGGACGUUCCUGUUGUUGCGAAGAAUCCAUUCGAUCCUCCAGAGAAGCCUGGCAAACCCGAUGUGAAGGAUUGGGGCCGCCACUUUGCCGACCUUAAAUGGACAGCACCAAAGAAGGACGGUGGAGCUCCUAUUACAUCAUAUAUCGUAGAAAAGAAGGAUCAGUAUAGCUCCAAAUGGCAGAAGGCUAUCGAGAUUAUUGGCAACAAGUGUGAGGCCAAAGUUCCUGAUCUAGUUGAAGGAAUGAAGUAUCAGUUCAGAGUGCGCGCAUGCAAUAAGGCUGGACAAAGUAAGCCAAGUGAACCGAGUGAGACCAUCCUGGCCAAGGACAGAUUUACUGCACCAAAGAUCGAUAGAACCAACCUCAAUGACAUGUCCAUCAAGGCUGGUCAGCAGGUGCGAUUGGAUGUUAAAAUCUCAGGUGAACCACCUCCAUCCAAAUCUUGGUUCUGUAACAAGGCAAGGUUGGAAACAAAGGAUAACAUCACAGUUGACUUUGAAGAUUACCGCACUAAAAUAUUUAUCAACGGCAUAACCCGUGCUCACACUGGCACAUUCGUCAUCAAAGCAGAAAAUAGCUCAGGCAAAGAUGAAGCAUCAAUUGAAAUCAUUGUUAUCGACAGACCAGGAAAGCCUGAGGGACCUUUGAGGGUUAAUGAUGUGCACAAGGAGGGAUGCACCCUUAAAUGGAAUCCACCUUUGGACGAUGGUGGCUGCCCAGUAGAAGGAUACGUUGUGGAGAAGAUGGACACCGAAAAAGGACGAUGGGUUCCUGUUGGAAGAACAAAGGACACAAAGAUGGAAGUCGAAAACCUGGAGCCUGGACAAGAAUACAAAUUCAGAGUUAUGGCACUUAAUUCUGAAGGAGAGUCGGAGCCUUUGGAGGUUUUGGAACCAAUUAUUGCCAAGAAUCCAUAUGACGAGCCUGGAGCACCAGGAAGGCCUGAAGCCACUGACUGGGAUAGAGACUUUGUUGAUCUUAAAUGGACUCCACCUGAGAAGGACGGUGGAUCACCUAUUACAGGCUACGUCAUUGAAAAGAAAGAAAAGGGCACCACGAAGUGGACAAAGUGCGGAGAAUCCAAGGGACCAGAUUGCAGUGGACGGGCACAGAACCUUGAGGAAGGCCAAACAUACGAAUUCCGUGUUCGUGCAGUCAACCUUGCUGGACCUGGAGAACCUAGCGAUGCUAGCAAGCCAAUUACAGCUAAGCCUAGAAAGCUUGCACCUAAAAUUGAUCGCAAGAAUCUUAGGCCUAUUACCGUGCGCGAAGGUGAGCCUAUUUACUUGGAUGUCAAGAUUCAGGGCGAGCCAGCUCCUGAUGUGACUUGGGCUAUGAAUGGUAAAUCAUUCAAGCAGUCGAGUGCUAAGAGAGUGGAAGAUGUGCCAUACAACACCAAGUUCUAUAUUGACAAGCCAGAGCGCAAAGACACAGCGACCUACAAGAUUCAAGCAGUCAACCAGCACGGACAAGACUCUGCAGAAGUCGAGAUCACCGUUAUCUCAAAGCCAGGGCCACCAGAGGGUCCUCUCGAGGUGUUUGAUAUCCACAAGGAUGGAUGCAAGCUGAAAUGGAAGAAACCUAAGGAUGACGGAGGAGAGCCUAUCGAAAACUACAUUGUUGAGAAAUUCGACGCCGACUCUGGAAUUUGGCUACCUGUUGGCAACAGCACAAAUCCAGAAAUGGAGGUGACCGGACUUACGCCUGGACAUGAGUACCAGUUUAGAGUGCGUGCUUGCAACAAAGAGGGAGUUUCUGAGCCACUCGAGACUCUAUCACCGAUUAUUGCAAGAGAUCCAUUCACCGUUCCUGAUGCACCUGGGGCACCAGAUGUUGUUGACUGGAGUCAAACUCAUGCUGACCUCGUUUGGAAGGAGCCAGCUUCUGAUGGUGGAUCGUUCAUUUUGGGUUACAUCGUUGAGAAGAAGGACAAGUACAGCUCUAUGUGGGAGAAGGCAUUGGAGACGAACAAUGCUCUCCCUCAGGCUGUUGUGCACAAUUUGAUUGAAGGAAAUGAAUAUCAAUUCAGAGUUAUUGCCUUCAACAAAGCGGGCCAAAGUGAGCCAUCAAGUCCAAGCAAAACCUUCUUGGCCAAAGCAAGAUACCUGCCGCCCAGGAUUGAUCGUAAAAACCUUAGGGAUGUCAAAAUUUCUGCUGGGUCCAGUCUUAAAUACGAAGCUGCAAUCAUCGGUGAGCCACCUCCAACAGUUGAAUGGCGUGAUGCUGGCGGUCCACUAAGACCAUCCAAGAAGAUCAAUGUUGAAAAUGUUGAUUACAACACAAAGCUCAUUAUUAGACCUGUGCAACGCGGAGAUUCAGGUGAAUAUACCGUUAUUGCCACUAAUAGUUCAGGCAAGGACUCCGUUACUGUCAAUGUCAUUGUCACUGACAAGCCAAGCAAUCCUGAGGGACCGCUACAGAUCAGCGAUGUCUACAACGAAGGAUGCAAACUUAAAUGGAAGAGACCAAAGGACGACGGUGGCGUUCCAAUCGAAUAUUACCAGGUUGAGAAGCUUGAUCCAGAAACUAAUACCUGGGUUCCUUGUGGCCGCAGCCUUGAGCCUCAGAUGGAUGUUUCUGGCCUGACACCAGGCAAAGAAUACAAGUUUAGAGUAGCCGCUGUCAACUCUGAAGGAGAAUCUGAGCCUUUGGUGGCUGAAGAAUCGAUCAUUGCAAAGAACCCUUACGAAGAACCAGGCAAGCCAGGCGAUCUUAAGGCAGUUGACUGGGACAAGGAUUUCGUUGCGCUGGAAUGGAAACCACCAAAGGAAGAUGGUGGUUCUCCAAUCACUGGAUACAUUGUCGAAAAGAAGGAUAAAUUCGGCCACUGGGAAAAGGCUUUGGAAGUUCCUGGUGAUAAGACAGCAGCCAAGGUACCAAAUCUCAUUGAAGGACUUGAGUACGAAUUCCGCGUCCGUGCCGUCAAUGCUGCUGGACCAGGUGAGGCAAGUGACACAACUCCACCCAUCACAGCCAAGCCUAGGAAUCUGCCACCCAAAAUCGAAAGGUCCAAGAUGCAGGAAAUCCGCAUUAAAGCAGGUCAAAACUUCAGCUUUGACGUUCCCGUCAGCGGUGAACCACCUCCAACGACCGUUUGGUUGCUCAGAGGAAAAGAGCAGAAAUCAAGUGAAAGGGUCAAAAUACAGCACCCAGAAUACAGCGCUAAAUUGGUUGUGCGCAACGCAUCAAGAGCAGAGUCGGGUACUUGGACUCUUACAGCCGUGAAUAUCAAUGGCAAGGAUGAGGCCGACGUUCUGGUCACCGUCCUUGAUAAGCCAAGUCCACCUGGCGGACCAUUGAAGGUUUCUGACAUUUACGCUGAAGGCUGCAAGCUGAGCUGGAAUCCUCCAGCCGACGAUGGUGGUCAACCUAUCGACAAGUAUGUCGUCGAGAAGAUGGACGAAGCCACAGGCAGAUGGGUGCCUGCAGGUGAAACAGACGGUCCUGUCACAAGCUUGGAUGUCGAUGGUCUCCUGCCUGGACACAAAUACAAAUUCAGGGUGCGCGCUUGCAACAAACAGGGCAAGUCUGAUCCGUUGACGACUGCUCAGGCCAUCGAAGCUAAAAAUCCAUUUGAUCAACCAAGCAAACCUGGCACUCCCGAUAUUUCGAAUUACGACAAAGACUUUGUCGAGUUGCAAUGGGCAAGACCUGACCAGGAUGGUGGAUCACCCAUUACUGGAUACAUCAUUGAAAAGAAGGAUAAGUUCAAUCCAAGCUGGGAAAAAUGUGCAGAGAUUGAAGGAGACGUUACGACUGGCAAAGUUCCUGACCUGAUCGAAGGCAACACUUACGAGUUCAGAGUCAGGGCGGUGAACAAAGCUGGUCCUGGAGAACCAAGUGACGCUACUAAGCCUCAUGUUGCUCGGCCUAAGAAUUUGCCCCCACGCAUCGACCGCCACGCUCUUUUGGACAUUAAAAUCAGAGCAGGAGGCAACUUCGACUUUGAUGUUCCGGUCAUUGGUGAACCUCCUCCAAGCAAGGAAUGGAGCUUGAAGGGUAACGGUCUCAUCAACACUGACCGCAUCAAAAUCACAAACGAAAAUUACAACACGAAACUGCGCAUCAUCGAUGCCAAGCGUUCCGACAGCGGCGUGUACAGUCUUGAAGCAAGAAACAUCAACGGCAAGGACACCGCCACUGUUAAUGUGGUCGUCCUUGACGUGCCGCAGCCUCCUGAGGGACCACUGAAGCCAGACAACAUUACCAAGUCCUCUUGCAGCCUGUACUGGCGCCCACCAAAGGACGACGGUGGCUCUGAAAUCACGCAUUACGCUGUUGAGAAGCUGGACACCGAAAACAUGCGAUGGGUGCCUGUAGCCGAGGUGACUGGAACCACCGCCAGGGUAGAGAAUCUGAUCGAGGGCCACGACUACAACUUCCGGGUGCGUGCCGUCAACAAGCAGGGCGAGUCUCUGCCUCUAACCGGACGCGAGCCCAUCACGGCCAAGGAUCCAUACGGCAAGCCAGACAAACCUGGAGCGCCAGAACCAACCGACUGGGACAAGGACCGUGUUGAACUUGAAUGGGCUCCACCCAAGAAGGAUGGUGGCUCGCCAAUCAAGUCUUACAUCAUUGAGAAAAGAACGAGAUUCGGACCUUGGGAAAAGGCUGCUGAAGUUCCUGGAAAUCUAACCAAGGGUACUGCUCCUGGCCUGACUGAAGGCGAAGAAUACGAAUUCAGGAUUAUCGCUGUUAACAAGGGCGGUCCAGGAGAGCCUAGCGAACCUUCACGUCCAGUGAUCGCCAAGCCCAGAUUCCAGGCACCAACGAUGGACAAGAAGUUCUUGCAAGAUUUGGUGGUGAAGGCUGGCCAGAAGAUCAGCUACACCAUUCCGAUCGAAGCAUCUCCGAGACCGACCGCUCGCUGGUCCGUCAAUGGCAAGCCCGUCGAGCAGGGAGAUCGCGCGGACAUCCAGACCUUCUCCAAGCAGACCGUGUUCGAAAUUCCGUUCUCGGUUCGUUCAGAUACCGGUCGCUAUCAGCUGACGCUGGAGAACAACCUUGGCUCGUGCUCCGCCUCAGCCAUGGUCACCGUCCUUGAUAGGCCUUCGCCUCCUGAAGGACCCAUGCUGGUCGGAGAGGUAACCAAGGAAAGCGCAAGGAUCGCUUGGAAGGUGCCAGCCGACGACGGAGGCAGCCCCAUUCUGCACUACUUGGUCGAGAAGAUGGACGUCAGCAGAGGCACCUGGUCCGAAGCUGGCCAGUGCUCGGCGCUCACCUUCGACAUUCAGCGGCUUGUGCACAAGAAGGAGUAUCUGUUCAGAGUAAAGGCCGUAAAUGGCAUUGGAGAGUCCGAUCCAUUGGAGCUUGGAAGAAGCAUCAUCGCCAAGAACGAAUUUGAUGAGCCUGACGCUCCAGGCAAGCCUGUUAUCACCGACUGGGACAAAGAUCAUGUUGAUCUUGAAUGGCCUGUUCCGAAGUCUGACGGCGGCUCGCCGAUUACUGGCUAUCUGAUCCAGAAGAAGGAGAAGGGAAGCCCGUACUGGCAAAAUGCUUGCCAAGUUCCUGGCAAACAAAACAGCGCGACUGUACCCGACCUGACUGAGGGCCAGGAGUACGAGUUCCGCGUGAUUGCCAUUAACAAGACAGGCCAGAGCGAGCCAAGCGAGCCAUCAGACACCGUUAUUUGCAGGCCAAGAAACUUGGCUCCCAAAAUCAAGAGUCCACUGGGCGACAUCCGCAUCAAGGCCGGACAGAUCUUCCACGUGGACAUUGAUUACGUCGGCGAGCCGAAUCCAGACGUGACUUGGACCAAUGGCAGCAAUGUGCUUAAGUCUGAUGAGAGGACAACAAUCACUUCUAUUAAUUACCACACGAUUGUGCACACUGUCAACGCUAAGAGGACUGACAGCGGCACCUACACUCUCAUGAUCACGAAUAAGAAUGGUGUUGACGAAGGCUCCUUCCAGCUCAUUGUCCUCGAUCGUCCUGGACCACCUGAGGCACCGCUUGAAUAUGAAGAAAUUACUUCUUCGAGUGUGACUUUGUCCUGGAAACCACCCAAGGACAAUGGAGGCAGUGACAUCACUGGUUACGUCAUUGAGAAGAGGGAUCUGUCUCACGGAGGUGGCUGGGUGCCAGCAGUCUCUUAUGUCAAUCCCAAGUACAACCACGCCCAAGUGCCGCGUUUGCUCGAAGGCACCAAAUACGAAUUCCGCGUGUGUGCUGAAAACUUGCAGGGUCGCUCAGAUCCUCUCACUACUGACAAGCCCAUCAUUGCAAAGAAUCAAUUCGAUGUUCCUGGAAGGCCAGGCAGGCCAGAGCCAGUGGACAGUGACAAGGACUUUAUCAAGAUCAAGUGGAAGGCACCAAUCAGCAAUGGUGGGUCUUCCAUUAUUGGCUACGAUGUUGAGCGCCGCGAGCGCAUGACUGGUCGCUGGGUCAAAGUUAGCCGUGAACCUGUCAGGAAUAUGGAGUUCCUUGAUGACCAUGUUCAUGAGGGUAAACAAUACGAGUAUCGCGUUACUGCCAUCAAUGCUGCUGGCCCUGGAAAACCAAGCGACACUUCUCAUCCUAUCGCUGCUAAGCCAAUGAAGGAGCCUCCAAAGUUGGACCUGUCUGGCCUCAAGGGCAAGAGGAUUAAGGUGCGCGCUGGGGAGACCAUUUACGCCAAGAUUCCUCUAUCUGGUGCCCCUGUGCCCACAAUCGAAUGGACCAGGAACAACUCCAAACUACCAGACUCCAGCAGAAUUGCUUACGAAACUGACUGCGAUUCCACUGUGCUCAAAAUUGACAAGUCGAUUAGAAACGACAGCGGCAAGUACACCAUCACCGCUUCUAACCAGUUUGGAAAGGAUUCUGCCGACAUUGAAGUCGAAGUUGUUGACAAGCCUGGACCUCCAAAGGGACCCUUGGCCUACGACAGCAUUACACCAGAGAGUGUUUCGCUCACAUGGUCUCCUCCUCAAGACAACGGAGGCAGCGAAAUCACAGGCUAUGUGGUUGAGAUGACCGAGUAUGGCGUCGAUAGCUGGAGAGCAAUUCCUGGCUUCAUUCCCAAGCCCACCUUCACCGUCAAGGGCUUGCACGACGGCAAGCGUUACGUCUUCAGGGUUCGCGCCGAGAACAUUUACGGUGUCGGUGAGCCCCUGGAAGGCAAGCCCGUCGUGGCCAAGAGCCCAUUCGACCCGCCAGAUGCGCCCGGAACGCCUGAUAUCACGAGCUACAGCCCAAGCAGCUGCAGCCUUACUUGGACUCCACCUGCCAACUCAGGUGGAAGGCCCAUUACAGGAUAUUACAUUGAAAAGCGUGAGCGCGGAGGUGAAUGGAUCAAGUGCAAUAAUUACCCCAUCAGCAACCUGAGCCACACCGUUCAGGAUCUGAGGGAAGGCAACAGAUACGAGUUCAGGGUCAUUGCUUGCAAUGAGGCUGGAGCUGGCAAACCUAGCAAGCCAACUGAGCCCAUCACAGCUGGAGCUCAGCGCUUCAAACCAGAUGCACCUGAUCAGCCUCAGGCAGACAGGAUUACCAAGGAUAGUGUCACUAUCUCUUGGAGGCCACCAAGAAACGACGGUGGAGCCAAGAUCAAGGGCUACCUUAUCCAGAAGAAGGGCAAGGGCGAUGCUGAAUGGUCUGAUGUCAAUGGAGUUCCGUGCCCGCAUACCGUUUAUAAGAUUCCUAACCUCAAAGAGGGCGAUGAAUACACGUUCAGGGUGAUUGCCGUUAAUGAAAUCGGCAAUUCCGAGCCAAGCAGGCCGAGCGCAAACAUUUUGAUCCACGAGCAGCCCAACAAGCCAUGCAUGGACUUGGGAGGCGUUCGGGACAUCACUGUGCGCGCCGGUGAAGACUUUUCCAUUCACGUGUCUUAUGUUGGUUUCCCUAAACCAACUGCAUCUUGGUUCUGCAACGACAACAUCCUCGACGAGACUGACACCAGGAUCUUCAUGAAGCUCACUGACGACAGCGCCAGCUUGGUCGUCAAGAACUCGAAGCGAACAGACGCUGGCCAAUACCGCCUGCAGCUGAGGAACCAGCACGGCUUCGACACAGCCACUCUGAACGUCCGCGUCCUCGACAGGCCCGGACCGCCAGAGAACCUCCGCGCGGACGAGUUUGCCGGCGAGGCUCUGACCCUCUUGUGGAACGCACCCAAGGACAACGGUGGUGCCGACAUUACCAACUACGUCAUUGAAAAGAAGGAGCAGCGCACGUCAGCCUGGACCAAGGUCAGCAGCUACGUCACGACCACCUUCUGCCGCAUUCGCAACCUCAUUGUCGGUCGCGAGUACGACUUCAGGGUUAUUGCCGAGAAUCAGUACGGACAAUCCGACCCUGCCGUCACUCCAGAAGCUAUCAGAGCUAAACAUCCAUUCGAUGUGCCGACUGCACCUGGCACUCCUCGCGGCCUUGACACCACCGAGGACUCGAUCACCAUCGGCUGGAGCAAGCCAAGGAGCGACGGUGGAGCCAUCAUCAGUGGAUACGUCAUUGAGAGGAGGCUCAAGGGCGAGGAUAAGUGGAUCAGAGCUGUCCACGGCUUGGUGCCUGACCUCAGCCACAGGGUGAUUAACCUGCUUGAAAAUCACGAGUACGAGUUCCGUGUGGCGGCCGUCAAUGCUGCCGGUCAGGGUCCGUUCAGCUCGCCCUCCGACCUGAUUUGCUGCCAGCCUCCACGCGGCCCACCAAAGAUCACCAGCGAUCUCAGCAUCAGAGACAUGACCGUGAUCGCCGGCGAGGAGUUCACCAUCACUGUGCCAUUCUUGGGCAACCCUCAGCCGAAGCCGCACUGGACCAUCAACGGCGAAGAGGUGCUGGCGUCUGACAGAAUCAAGUUUGACACCAGCGUCUCCGCCACCGUGUUUAUCAACAAGUCUGCUAAGAGGUCGGACACUGGCAAUUACACCAUUCAACUCACCAACACUGAGGGAUCAGACACUGCUUCUUGCAGGGUUCUGGUUGUUGACAAACCAACACCGCCUCUUGGUCCUCUUGAUGUUUCGGACAUCACUCCUGAAACUUGUUCGCUUUCCUGGAGGCCACCAAAUGACGAUGGUGGCUCACCAAUCACCAACUACGUUGUGGAACGUCUUGAUCCAUCCAUUAAUAUGUGGUCCAAGGUCAGCAGCUUUGUCCGCAACUGCCACUAUGACGUGAUCGGACUGGAGCCGAAUAAGAAGUACAGCUUCCGCGUCCGUGCUGAGAAUCAGUACGGAGUUUCAGAUCCGCUGGAAACGGACCAGCCGAUCGUUGCCAAGUUCCCAUUCACCGUGCCCGAUCCACCGGGAACGCCACGCGUCGUCGACUGGGACUCUGGCAACGUCACUGUCACCUGGGACAGGCCUCGCUCAGACGGAGGUGCGCGUAUUCAGGGAUACAAGCUCGAGUUCAGAGAUGUCGUUGAAGACCAACAGUGGCGCCAGGCCAGCGACUACCUGCUCAAGGACCAGACGUACAUCGUGCAUUCUCUGCUUACUGGUCACGAGUACGAGUUCAGAGUCAAGGCUAAGAACGCCGCUGGCUUCAGCAAGCCAAGCAGCAACUCCAACAGAUUCAAGCUCAAGGGCAAAUUCGGCGUGCCUUCGCCUCCUCUGGCACCCAAGAUCGUCAAGGUUGGCAAAAAUUACGUCGACCUCGUUUGGGAGCCACCGCAGUCGGACGGAGGAUCUCGCAUUACCGGAUACGUCGUUGAGAAACGCGAGCUUGGCGGACCGUCAGUGUGGGUCAAGUGCAAUGAGUACAACGUGCUCGACUGCUCUUACUGCUGCUUGAAUCUCAUCGAGAGAUCUGACUAUGAAUUCCGCAUCUUUGCAGUCAACGCUGCUGGCAAGAGCGAGCCGAGCUGUUGCACAACUCCUGUUAAGGUUUGUGAGAUUGACGGAGGCAUCAAACCCGAGUUUGUUCGCAAUCUGGCCAACCAGACCGUGCCUCUUGGCAAAUCUGUCACGCUUGAAUGCGAAGCCACCGGCCAUCCCAAGCCGAAAGCCAGGUGGUACCGCAAUGGACGCGAACUUAACCUUGGAGCCCGCGCUCGUGCCGAAACCAAGGACGGCGUGUUCAGGUUGAUUAUUGACGGGGUGGUUGACAUGGAUGAUGGAAACUACACCUGCGAGGCAAGCAACAGCCUUGGAUUUGUCCACUCAUCUGCAUAUCUCAAAGUCGGAACUCCACCAAGGAUUGACCGCAUGCCUGGUGACCAGUUCUUGGCUGAGAAGGACAACACAAAGAUCAAGAUCUACUAUACAGGAGACCAGCCAAUGGACGUCACCCUGUCAAAGGGUGGAUCCCCCAUCCAUGAAUCGCCUCACAUCAAAUACACUGUGUUUGACGAGUACCUCAUCAUUUUCAUCAAGGACCUCGUUAUGGAUGAUGGAGGAGAGUACACAAUCAAAUGCAAGAAUGACAGCGGAAGUGCGUCUGCCUCUUUCAAUGUUUACAUUACCGGCCUUCCUGGAGCCCCGAUUGGCCCUCUGGACGUGUCCAAUAUUUCCAAGCACAUGUGCACGCUCAACUGGAAGCCGCCGACUUACGAUGGUGGCUUGAAGGUCACGCACUACAUUGUCGAGAGGCGCGAUAUUACCCUGCAGCACUGGAUAAUCGUCUCCAGCUACUGCAAGGAGACAACGUUCACCGUUCAGGGUCUCACUGAAGGACAGGAAUAUCUGUUCAGGGUGUUGGCAGUCAACGAGAACGGCGCCGGUCCCGCCCUGGAGGGAGUUAAUCCCAUCAAGGCCAGAGCUCCAUACGAUCCUCCGUCUGCCCCUGGAACCCCAGAGGUCAAGGAAAUCGGUGGAGACUUUGUUCACCUGGCGUGGGAGAAGCCCGCUUCGGACGGAGGAGCCCGCAUUCAGGGCUACUGGGUCGACAAACGCGAGGCUGGCAGCUCAUCUUGGCAGAGAAUCAACAACGUCCUCUGCUUGCCUAACCAAAUCAACAUCAGCAACCUCAUUGAGGACCGCCAGUACGAGUUCCAGGUCUUUGCUGUAAACGAAGCUGGAAUUUCGCCGCCAUCCACCAACUCGACCUCGGUCAAGAUCAAGGACCCCAAGGCUGCAACUCCACCGGAGUUCACGACACCUCUGCGCAACUGCAUGGCCGUCCAAAACAAAAACGGACAGUUCCAAUGCACGGUCGUUGGCUCUCCAAGGCCCAUUAUUACUUGGUACAAGGGCGCUCGUGAAAUUACUCAGGGCGGCAAGUAUCACAUGCUGAAGGAAGGCAACACUUACACCCUCAUUGUCAACGAGGUGUACGGCGAGGACGCCGACGAGUACGUGUGCAGGGCAACAAACAAGGGAGGAGUCAAAUCCACCCGCGCUGAGCUCAUUAUCAUGACCGCACCGAAACUGAACGUGCCUCCGCGCUUCCGCGACACUGCCUACUUCGACAAGGGAGAAAACGUCGUUAUCAAGAUUCCUUUCAUUGGCUGCCCCAAGCCAAAGAUCACAUGGUCCAAGGAGGGCGAAGUUAUUGAGUCUGGAGCGCACUUCAAGGUCGAGAGGAAAGAUAGACAUGCCAUCCUCACCAUCAGGGACGGUACCAAGCUUGACAGUGGUCCGUACAAGAUUGUGGCUGAGAAUGACCUUGGCACCGACUCGGCCAUCAUCAAAGUCCAGAUCAGCGACCGUCCUGAUCCUCCACGCUACCCAACCGCCGACAACAUCGGCCACGACUCACUGGCUCUUGCCUGGAAGGCGCCGUUGUGGGACGGAGGAAGCAACAUCACCAACUACCUGGUGGAAAAGCGCGAGUUGCCAAUGAACAGCUGGAUCAGAAUCGGCAGCACACGCUUCAGCACGAUGGCCAUUACUGGUCUCAGCGCUGGUCACGAGUACGAAUUCAGGGUGUACGCUGAAAACGUGUACGGUCGCAGUGACCCCAGCGACGUGUCCAGCACCAUCAAGACCAAGGAGUCUGGCAAGAAGCAGAUCAAAAAGAGACAGUACGAGGUCGAUAAUACUGGAAAGAAGAUUCGCGGCAAGCCUGAAGGAAAGGUGGACGACUACGAUCAGUUUGUAUUCGACAUCUACUCGAAGUACAUCCCUCAGCCAGUAGACAUCAAGUCCACCAGCGUUUACGACUUGUACGACAUCCUCGAGGAAAUCGGCACAGGCGCAUUUGGCGUAGUUCACAGAUGCAGGGAGCGCAAAUCAGGAAACAUUUUCGCUGCCAAAUUCAUCCCAGUCUCUCACACCAUUGAAAAGGAACUCAUUCGCAAGGAAAUUGAUAUCAUGAAUCAGCUGCAUCACAACAAAUUGAUCAACUUGCACGAUGCAUUUGAAGAUGACGACGAAAUGGUUUUGAUCUUUGAAUUCCUUUCUGGCGGAGAACUGUUCGAGAGGAUCACUGCCGAAGGCUACUCCAUGUCAGAAUCUGAAGUUAUCAACUACAUCAGACAAAUUUGCGAGGCAGUGAAGCACAUGCACGAGAAAAAUAUCAUUCACCUCGACAUCAAGCCAGAAAACAUCAUGUGCCAGACCCGCAUUAGCACCAACGUCAAGCUGAUCGAUUUCGGAUUGGCGACGAAGCUGGAUCCGAACGAGGUCGUCAAGAUCUCGACCGGAACCGCCGAGUUUGCCGCGCCUGAGAUCGUGGAGCGCGAGCCGGUCGGCUUUUACACUGACAUGUGGGCCGUCGGUGUGCUCACCUACGUGCUGCUCAGCGGUCUGUCGCCGUUUGCGGGCGAAAACGAUAUCGAUACUCUCAAGAACGUCAAAGCCUGCGACUGGGACUUUGAAGAGGAAACCUUCUCAAGUGUGUCCGCGGAAGGCAAAGAUUUCAUCAAAAGACUGUUGGUUAAAAAUAAGGAGAAGCGCAUGACUGCCCAUGAGUGCUUGAUGCACGCGUGGUUGACUGGCGACCACUCCAAUAGGACAGAAGUUAUCAGCCAAUCGAGGUAUCUCAGGAUACGCGACAAGAUCCGUGCCAGAUACAGCGAUUGGGAUUCAUUCCUGGUACCCAUCGGCCGCCUGGCUGAAUACAGCGCCCUGAGGAAGCUCAUUGUUGACAAAUACCGCAUUCACGAGACAUCAUUUGACCGCAGACAAGCCGCUCCGAGAUUUGUGAUAAAGCCACAGAGUGCAUUCGCCUAUGAAGGACAAAGUGCCAAGUUCACGUGUAGAGUGAUAGGACUAGCCACCGCCACACUCUCGUGGUAUCACAACAACGUCGAGCUGCGACAAAGUGUUAAGUUCAUGAAGAGAUACGCCGGCGAGGACUUCACCUUCGUCAUAAACAGAGUCAAGCUCGACGACAGAGGAGAGUACAUCAUCAGGGCAGAAAACCACUUUGGAUACAGAGAAGAGGUCGUCUUCCUUAACGUCCAUCCCGUUUCUAAAGCAAUUCCUCAGUACAAGGCAGAGAGCGCUCCCGUAAGAAGAAGAGAAGCCCUGGGCUAUCCUCUUUGGCAAGAAGAGAAGGAAUGUGCGCCAUGCUUCACCUUCCUUUUGCGUCCUCGCGUCAUGCAAAUUCACCAGACCUGCAAACUCCUCUGCUGCCUGAGCGGAAAACCAACUCCGACGGUCAAAUGGUUCAAGGGCAAUCGGGAACUGUCCAAAUACGAAUACUCGAUGACACACUCAGACGGCGUCAUCACGAUGGAAAUCCUCGACUGCAAACCGGAAGACUCAGGAAAAUACAAGGUCGUCGCCAAGAACAAGCACGGAGAGGAUGAGACCAAUUGUGUAGUCAUUGUUGAAGGCGACGGAACUUCAGCUGAACAAUUUGACGAAGCUCACAAACUGUUGUAUUCUGGAGAUCGAAGAUACAUUGAAGGACCAGCCAGGCCUCCUGCACCCAGAGAAAUCGUUGUCAAUUCGCAGAAGACAACGGUGACAAACAGUUACAGCCAAUCCAGCCACUCUAGUCAUAAAUCGGCGGCCACGAUUGCAGUUAGCCAAUCAUCAGAAAGCAUUACUGAAACCACCAAGAGAAACAUUAAGAAGUACGGAUCGAACCUCAACGCCAGCAGUAGCCCGUCCAGAUCGAGGAGCGCCACAAAAGAACUGAUCCUGCCCCCUGAUGACUCGCUAAUGUGCGCGCCCAACUUCACAAAGAAGCUGGCUGACCUCCAGAUCAAGGAUGGAGAGCCACUGACCUUGUCCUGCUCUAUUCAGGGCGACCCUGACCCACAGGUCACGUGGUACAAGAACGGAGAACUGCUGAGCUCGUCAGACAUUGUUGAUCUGAGAUACAAGAGCGGAGUUGCCACCCUGUCCAUACAAGAAGUGUUCCCUGAAGAUGAAGGCACCUACGUGUGCAAGGCCAUCAACACAAUCGGCUCUUCUGAAACCGCUUGCAAACUCAAAGUUUUCCCAAUGGAUGCCGCGACAGCAGCCAGCAAAGCCAGUCAAGGGGACAAACCACCGAAAAUCACCAGCCAUUUGAACUCCGUGUACGUCAAUGAUGGCGAAAUGGUUACCCUGGAGUGCAAGAUCAUCGGUGCGAAGAAGUUUGACGUGAUCUGGUUGCACAACAACAAGGAAAUCAAGCCAAGCAAGGACUUUGCGUACGAGAACAAGGGCAACUCUUACAAACUGAACAUCGCCGAGAUCUUCCCUGAAGACUCUGGCAUCUACACAUGCGAGGCUUUCAACGACGCCGGCGAGUCCUUCAGCAGCUGCACGGUCGUUGUUUUGGUGCCCAACGAGGAGCCCAAGAGCCCCGCUUUUAAAACAUUCCCCCAGUCUGCGACAGUGCGAGAGGGUGAGACCGUCAAGUUCGAAUGCGAAACAGAGAAAACGCCGCUUAAAAUUUCGUGGAUAAAGGAUGGCAAACCAGUGGAAGAGGACAGCGGCAAGUACAAGAUGUCCCUUGACGGCAAGAAGAAGUUCAAAUUCGAGAUCACCAAUUGCAACGCCACAGAUGUGGGCCAGUACGUGGCCAAGGCGAUCGGCAAGAAGGGCGAGACGUUUGCCGCAUUCUCACUCAACGUUAUCGCGCCCGGCGAAUAAUUGAGACCGCUAACCUUAUUAAUAUGUAUUUUUAUUGACGACACAAAAUGUCGGGAAAUAAUUUGAACCCUGAGGGGGGAGUGCGGAGUGACCUGCCCCCGAAUGUGUACAGAGCAUCCCUCAAACCUGUCGGCCCUAAAAGCUUCUUUUUCUUUGUUUAACUCUCAAAAAGCAGCCCCUUCACGGGGUCGUGACGCGCCCAUUGCGCGGGCUUGCUCGCCUGCACCACGACAGGGGUGCGCGAGACCGGGGCAAACGAUUUAGCGGCGGCCAUUCUCUCGGCGGCGGCGUCCAGCGUCCUCCAAACACUUUUGCGAUCCGCCACCGACCCGAAUGGCGCGCCCUUCUGCACCACUUACGACUCGAAAGGUUGCCUUGCUCUCGAGCACUCCUUAAAAUUCAAACUGUUACCUUUUUCGAGCUGAAGCCCUCGUCGUCGGCGCGUCAGAAAUAUCAUUUAUAAUUUUUGUGUUUGACUUACGAAAAAAGAGAGGUUGCAUAGAUUGUAGAGCUGCUAUUUAUUGUUCGUUAUCGUAUUACACGAAAAGAAAACAUAAUUAAACUACUCCCCCCAAACAUGUUUGACAGGUUACCAAUAUAAAUAAGAAGAUGAACCACACA